AAAAGGCCGCAAUAGUUUGUUUAAUUAAAGAUGAAUUAAAUGUUCAAACUUUAGCUAUUGGUGAUGGUGCUAAUGAUGUGAAUAUGAUACAAGUAGCUAAUGUUGGCAUUGGUAUAAAUAGUGGUGAAGAAGGCAUGCAAGCUGUUAUGGCAUCGGAUUUUGCUAUUAGUCGAUUUCAAUUCUUAAAACAAUUAUUACUUGUCCAUGGGCAUUGUUGUUAUGAUAAACUUGCACAUACUUCACUAUAUUUAUUUUAUAAAGAUGCAAUUUAUAUAUUCCUAUUAUUUUGGUUUCAAAUGUUCAAUGGUUUUUCGGGUAGUAAUGCAAUUGAUCAAUUAUCACAAAUUUUAUUUAGUGUUACAAUGACUGGUUUACCACCAUUCAUAAUGGGCAUUUGGGAUAAUCCAUUAGAUGAGAAAACUUUAUUAGCAAAUCCUAUAUUAUAUCGAACUGGAAUAUAUGGUUAU